AUUCAUAAAUACAUCAGUUCAUCACUACUGCAUACUUGCCCUAUUUCAAUACAAAUCUCAUAAAAUAAGUAAAUCAUUAAGUAGAAAUAUGAGUGAGCUUGUCGGAGUAAAAUGUUCUCCGAUGAGAUGGGCCGCUAAGGCGAGGCCCUGCGAUGUUUGCAAGACCGCAGCAGCGUUGCUGUUUUGCAUCACGGACUCGAGUUACAUGUGCAUGGGCUGCGACUCGAAGAUUCACAGCAAUACAAUUCAUGAGCGCGUGUCGAUGUGCGAGGUGUGUGAGCAAGCCCCUGCCAGUGUCACCUGUAAGGCAGACGCCGCCGCGCUCUGCGUGAGGUGUGACAUGGACAUUCACUCGGCAAACCCUCUGUCACGCAGGCACGAGAGGGUCCCGGUGGCUCUGUUUGGUCUUGCUGUUGCAGUGAAGUCACCAGAAACCCCAACACUAGAAGUACCAAUAAUACGUGAAGAUGUGAAUUUAUUCGGGAGUAAUGAUUGUAAAAUAUCCGCAGAUAUGAAAUCGAUUGAAUUGUUAUUUACGGAUCCGGAUAAUUUACUGGAGUUUGAUUAUCCGGAUCAGAAUAAUUUAUCUUCGUUGUAUUCUAAUAGCAAUCCCAGCGCUGACAGUGUUGUUCCAGUUCAAUUUAUCAGCAAGCCAGCACAGCCUCUCCCGCAAUCAGCUGACAAUCAUUUCGAGAUAGACUUCACAACUUCGAAUAUAGGUUCAUUCGGCACAAGCUACACAGCCCCAUCCAUCAGCCAAAACAUUUCAACCGAAGUCGGAGUUGUCCCAGACGGGAGCUGUAUGUCAGAAAUAUCUUAUCAAUGCGGUUUAGCUAUGAACAACAGUGUUAUCACGAACAGUUCUACUAAUGGAAAUGUUCAAGUAUUAGUCGGGAUGGAUAGAGAAGCUAGAGUAAUGAGGUACAGAGAGAAGAGAAAGAACAGAAAAUUCGAGAAGACGAUAAGAUACGCAUCUCGAAAGGCGUAUGCAGAGAAAAGGCCCCGAAUCAAAGGCCGGUUUGCGAAGCGGUCGGAAAAUACAGAGGAUGCGAGUCGCUGGCUCAGUUCCAGCCAAGCGAGGACGAAUUUCGUGGAGGAUUCUGGGUUCGGUGUAGUCCCGUCAUUUUAGGAAAUGCGAACCAAGCUAUAUUGAGAAAAUUAUUGUAAUGGCCGAGUCGAAGGGUAAUAAUAUCAAUAUUUGAAGUUUUUA